UCUUAAGGGGCUCUCUUCACAUCUCGCUGCUUUUACAACUUCUAGUUUUAGCCGUCAAAAUGAAUACAAGUAAAGAAGACCUCAACAGCGACAUGGCAGCCGCCGUGGCCCCACGAACACCUCGGAAGGAUGAUGUCAACUAUACGUUACAUUUCCGAAUGAUAAACGAGCAACAAGUGGAUGAUAUCUGCCUUGAUUUCUUCUAUAAGCCACACACCAUCACUCUCCUGACAGUCACUGUGCUCAGCCUAAUGUACUUUGCGUUUACAAGGGAUGAUGAGCACUUUGACAACAACCUCCGAGUUGGUCUAUGGGUGGUUGUCUCCUUCUUCCUGGUUAUCAGUGUCCUGGCCUUUCCUAAUGGACCUUUUACCAGGCCACACCCUGCAAUAUGGCGGAUAGUGUUUGGCCUCAGUGUACUAUACUUCCUGUUUCUUGUCUUCCUCAUCUUCCUUAACUGGGACCAAAUAAAGAUACUGAUGUACUGGCUGGACCCAAAUCUGCGCUAUGCCAAACGGGAAGCCGAUAUCAUGGAAUAUGCUGUGAACUGCACAGUGAUAACACAGGAGCGGAUCCUGAGCCACUUCGACAUCUUCGCAUUCGGCCACUUUGCAGGCUGGGCCAUGAAGGCUCUGCUAAUCCGCAGCUACGGCCUCUGUUGGACCAUCAGCAUCACCUGGGAGCUCACUGAGCUGUUCUUCAUGCACCUGCUGCCAAACUUUGCAGAGUGCUGGUGGGAUCAGGUGAUACUGGACAUACUGUUGUGUAAUGGAGGAGGCAUCUGGCUGGGUAUGACCGCCUGCCGGUUUCUGGAGAUGAGGACCUACCGCUGGGCUAGCAUCAAGGAAAUCCACACCACCACAGGGAAGAUAAAACGAGCUGUGCUCCAGUUCACCCCAGCCAGCUGGACUUAUGUGCGCUGGUUUGACCCAAAGUCCUCCUUCCAGAGGCUAGCAGGCAUCUAUCUGUUUAUGAUCCUAUGGCAGCUGACAGAGUUAAACACAUUCUUCCUCAAGCACAUAUUCGUCUUCCAGGUGUCUCACCCUCUCAGCUGGUGUCGCAUUCUCCUCGUUGGAGCCAUCACUGCACCCACCGUACGGCAAUAUUAUGCAUAUCUGACAGACACUCGGUGUAAACGAGUUGGCACACAGUGCUGGGUGUUUGGGGCCAUCGCUUUCCUCGAGGCUCUUGUUUGUGUGAAAUUCGGUCACGACUUGUUUUCCAAGACACAAAUUCGCUCUGUGGUCCUUUGGCUGCUGUGUCUGGCACUCCUCACACUUCUGUGUUUAUAUGGGAUGAUGUGGUAUGAGCAACAUAAAAUGAAGAAAAUUCCUCUAAAAAGUGAGGACUGCGAUGAUGGCAGUGUUGUCGACUCGUGUGGUUUUGUCCCAGAUGGCGUUGCAGCUCAUUCAUUGAGAAGUUUACAACCUUCAAGACGUAAGAGAGCUUCUGGGAGGAACAGAUUUAUGAAUGGCCAUGGAGGAAAGAAGCAAUAAACUGCAGUAACACGGAGUAUUCACAUCUUCUGUGAAAGGGUGAAGGAUACACCAAUAGAAAUAAUACAUUUUAUUUCUAUGGAUACACCCACCAAUUCACUUAAAUUUACUGAAUAAUUGUUGUAAAAGUUGCAUCAAGGAUUUAAUAAAUCCUAGAGGACAGAAAGAAAACUCCAAAACAAACUCCUAAACAAAGCCUCGAUAUACUAUAUGAACUUUUCAAGUUCUUAAGUUCUGGGGGAGUCAGAGGCAAAACACACCAAUGAGCUGAAUGCUCCAUAGACCUGCAGACUGGGGUGUUGAUUUUCUAGUACUGGCAAUAUAGUAGUAGAUCUUUAAUACAGUUUGACAAGGACAAAAUUGGUCUUGUAUUUAAUGUCAGAUAUUUAAAUAAUGAUGUUACAUGCACUGGAUUUUGAAAGAGAAUAUGGCCUUACUUGGACCAAAAACUCUUGAAUGCUAGCCUCAGCAUCGUCCUACACCCAACAUUUUCUACCUUGAAUUACUAAAUAUUGUUUGGACGCUUUACACUAUGGGACAUGUUUAGUAUGUCCUGUCAGGGGUGUGCCAAACUAGUCCACAACACAUGAGUAUGCAUAUGCUACACAUACUUUUUUUGCACUUUACCUUUUUGACUGUUGUGUUUUUAAAUAUUAGGGUGUACUAAAUUGAAUAACUUCACUAAAAAGAUCAGUUAUUGUUGUGUAUGGCAUUUUGUAAGUCAUUUCUGAAUUGGUAUGACUAUGUGUCAACUUUGUUGAUUUAAUAAUUGAUUAAUAUUGUUUAUACAAUUACCAAAAGUGACCACAUUUUACACAUAUGUAUAAUAUAGUAAAGUACUGGUAUAUUCUAUGCUUUUUUCCAAUCAAAAUUACAUCAUCAGGAAAGAUGUUCUAGUCUACUUCAAAUGAGAGGAACAACCAAGUGUUACUGAACCAACUGUAGCCUUUACAUUUUACCUGUUUUUAUCCAUCAUGAAUUUGAUUAUUGAAACUGUUGAGAUGUUUGCAAUAUUUGUGUGUUUGUAAUUAGAGCGAUAAGUGUGUGAUAGGUGUGGGACAGAGAAUACUGUGACAUUAAAUGCACUAGUACUGUGGGGACAUUACAUUAGCAGAGGAUAAUCACUGGUGUGAAAUGAUCAGUUUCAAAGGCAGUCUUUGCUUUUUUUAAUGAUAAAAAUUUAUGAAAUGUGACUGUAAGUGACUGGUCCAUAUAAGCUAUUCUUAACAUUGUUGAAUGAUGCAUUAUAGUUCAUAUUUAGUGUUAGAAUGUGUUUUACAACUUCCAAGUAAGUUAAUGUCUGCUUAUUGAAUUUGUAUUGAUGUUGUUUGAAUUAAACUUUUUCUUGUAACAUUAGUCUGCCUUAGUGGUUCUAGUCCUUUGACCGUCUACAAAGUGUCAGACUGCACUGUAUUUAAUAUAAAAUGUUGUCAAAUGUGUUGAUUGUAACCUCCAGUGCACUAUACUUGGUAUUUCUGAUUUGUAAUUUCAUAUG